AUGGAGUCCCUGGUCGACGCAGACGCGGUGGCCUGGCUCGACGCGCUCUCAAGGGACGCCCUCACGCCCGGCCGCCUCGCGGCGGCAGCGGAUGUCGCCGCGGCGGUCCUCACGCCGUGCGCCGUGCGCCGCCGCCGCGCCGGGCGGCCGGCGUCCCCUGAUGGGGAGUAUGUCGCUGCCAACAGCCGCGGCGGGAAGUGGGGCAUCGAGGCACACCGGCGCGGCUGGAGGGACGCGCGGCGGCUUGCCAAGAGCCGCGGCGGGUCCCCCGUCGCCACCUGGGACGGCGGCCUGGCGGCGGUGGGAGCGCCCGCGGCCACUAUUGAGUCGGCGCUGGGCACGCCCACCUCCACCCUAGACCUGCUGGGUGACCCCACGGCCACAAUGGACGCGGUGUGGGACGACCUGCUGGCCGCCAGCGCGCGGGCCGCGGCGGCGGACGCGCAGGCGGGCCGGGAGGGCGCGACGCCGCAGUGCGCUGUGAACCAGCUGGUCAUGGCGCUGCGCACGUUCUGGACGCCAGAGCGCAUCGACGGCUACCUGGAUGCAGUGGAGGCAUGCCUGCCAGACGCACUGCCUACACUGCGUGACAUCAUUGCCCGCGCGGCCGCACUGCCAGGAGGCGCGCGCCCUGCACUACUGCGCACCCUGGACAGCUUGGAGCGCGCCGUGCCCGCGCAGCUCGUGGCUGAGGUGGCGGCGGCGCUGGUUGGGGGAAUCACGGAGGAGCGCGUAGCGUACGGGGGGCGCGCUGCGCUGGCAGUGAUGCCGCCGCGGCGGCUGGAGCGCAGUGUGGGGGCCCUCGUUGAGGCCCUGACCCCUGAGCGCCUGGACGCCCUUGCGACCGCCCUGCCACAGCUCGCGGGGCUCCUGCCCUCAGAGGAGCAGAUGCGCCAGGGCGCAGGCCACGCCGCCGCAGCGUUCCGCACCCCCGCUCCCGCUGAGUGGGAGGCCGCCCUCGAGACCGCACUCCCACCCUGGCGCCUGGCGGCCUGGUUUGAUGCGCUGGGCGGUGUGGCCAGCGCGGAGCGCCUCGGGCGCGCCAUCGAUGCGGCAGCUGCGCUGGCUUAA